AUGCUACUGAUUUUAAUUCUUCUCCUCAUUGCGUUUUUCGCAUUGGUCCAUCAAAAACAGAAGCGCGUUCCGAAAGGUCCGCCGCCUCUUCCAAUCAUUGGCAAUCUUCAUCAGAUCGCCUACUAUUCUUGGAAGCUUGGCGGAAUUGUUGAAGCGUAUCAGGCGCUUCAGUCCGAAUAUGGCAAGGUGUUCACGGUUUGGAUUGGUCCCCUUCCAACCGUCAAUAUCGCCAGCUAUCAAGUUGCUUAUGAGACCCACGUGAAACAGGCGAAUACUUUUGGACAUCGGUUUUCCACGGGUGUUAUUCAAUACUUGAGAGAAGGCCGCGGAAUUAUUGCUUCCAAUGGCGACUUCUGGCAAGAGCAUCGCCGAUUCGCCCUACACACCCUUCGCAAUUUUGGCGUCGGCCGAAAUCUCAUGGAAUGCAAAAUUCUCGACGAGCUCGAUUAUCGAUGCUCGGAGUUUGAAGGCGUCGAGUUCAAAGCGUCGACGUUCUUCGACCUCCUCAUUGGAAGCAUUAUCAAUCAGCUUUUGAUAUCUGAACGAUUCGAAAAGAAUGAUGAGGAGUUUGAGGAGCUGAAGAAUAGUAUUGAGAUGACGCUGAAGAACCUGUCGCUUCUAGAAUUUUUCGCGCCGGUGUGGCUUCUGAAGUCGUGGCCUUUCAAUUCGCGCACUCAGCACGUCUUCACACCCUUUGAUACGGUGUAUGCGAUAGCGAGAAAGAACAUCUCAAAGCGAGUAAAGGAAAUCGAGUGUGGCGAUCAUGUGAUAUCAGAGGAUGGAGACGACUUUCUGGACGCCUACCUGUACAAGAUUCAGUGCGACAAAGAGAGUGGAAUCGCAAAUUCAACAUUCAACCUUGACACUCUGGCGAUCGACGUUUACGAUUUGUGGAUUGCUGGUCAGGAGACAACAUCGACCACCUUGACAUGGGGAUUCUUAUGCCUUCUGAAGCAUCCCGAGGUAGUUGAGAAGAUCCGAGCUGAGUUGAACAAGACAACGUCAAAUGGAUCGCGAAAUCUGUCGCUUUCCGAUAAGCCCAAUACACCAUAUUUGGUCGCCACCAUCAAUGAGAUUCAGCGAAUCGCUUCCAUCUUGAACUUGAAUCUUCUCAGGGUAAUGCAAGAGGAUUCGGAUAUCGACGGACAGCCGAUCAGUAAAGGGACAGUAUUCUGCACCCAAAUGAGCGUGAUUCAUCAGGACGAGACAAUUUUCAAAAAUCCGAAGGAAUUCAAUCCGUCGAGAUUCAUUGAAGAUGAGACGCUUGAGAAGAUGUUGAUUCCGUUCGGAAUCGGAAAACGCGUCUGCCUUGGAGAGUCAUUGGCAAGAGCCGAACUAUAUUUGAUUAUUGGGAAUCUCAUUCUUCGCUACAAUAUCGAAAAUAUUGGAGAGUUGCCUCGUUUAGAAACCACAAGCCCAUUUGGAAUGGUCAAACGACCGCCGGCAUACGUUAUGCGAAUGACUCCUGUCCAAUGA